AUGGACAACUUCGAUGGCGACAUCCUGGAAUUUUCCAAACUCGACUUUGCAGAAUUGGGCUUCAUGUUAGAUCCCAUGGACCAUGAUACUGCGACUGAAGACUCCAGCUUGGAUACUGGACACCAGCUGUGUCGAGAAGAUCAGUCAGUAAGACCAUGCGACACGAUUCUAUCAGCUCAGCCGCUCGAAUAUACCCGCCCAACCAUUUCAGACUUCCUCCAAUUCCCUGGCGUGAUCGAUCUCGACGCAUAUAUUGACCCUUCCCUGUCCCUGCAAGCACAGUCGUCCCCAGCAGAGCAAAAUCACCCCCGUCAGCUGUCUACGGGCGGAAUACCUACCCCCGAAUCGCCCUCUCAACACAUCGAUGCCUACCAAUUUGUGCUUGUCCCUGAGAAUCAGAAACCCAGCCUUCCUCGACGAAGAAGUCGGUACCUACGCAACCCGGCCCAACAAGCAGGCCUAGGCCUCAUACCCAUACCAGUCCGCGCCUUAGCCGACGACGCGGCCGCUCCGAUGCAACGAUGGCGGAAAUCACCACCCGAGACUGAGGGCGCUUCGAUGGCCGCCAUCGCCGAUGUCAUGAGACACCCGUUGCGCCCUCAAUCAUCCGCAGGUAGCCUCAACGGCCGCCGCAGAGGCACGAGCGGUUCUUCAAACUCCACAGUGUCGGCCACGUCGACAAGCUUCCGACACACGACGAGCGGACGCGUGAAAAAAUGGAGGCGACCGGCUCCCCCAAGCUGGAAGCCUGCUGAGGAGCGGAGGUUCCAGUGUACCUUUUGCUGCGACUCGUUCAAGAGCAAAUACGACUGGUCGCGGCACGAGAAGUCACUGCACCUCAAUCUACAAGGUUGGAGAUGUGCGCCGUUUGGUGGCACCGUCAUGUCUCCCGUAACCGGCAGGAAUCAUUGCGCCUACUGCCACCUUGCCGACCCGGCGCCGUCACAUCUUGAGAUGCAUGCCCACGGGAGCUGCCAGACGCAGACGUACAUGUAUACGCGGAAGGAUCAGCUGGUCCAGCAUCUACGACGCGUCCAUCGCGUACAUGAUGUGCCCAUGAUUAACUCAUGGAAAGUCGAGAUGCCGCCAGUAUCUUCAAGAUGCGGCUUCUGCAAUGCACAAAUGCACAACUGGUCGGAGCGCGUUGACCACGUCGCAGAACAUUUCAGAAAAGGCAAGACAAUGAAGGGGUGGAAGAGGGAGCAUGGGUUUAAGCCUGAGAUAACAGCUCGAGUCAUGGACGCAAUACCACCAUAUCUUAUCAAGGAUGAGUUGGAAACGUUUACCCCCUUUUCAGCAACAGAUAGGAAAACGAGUCAGCACAUUGAGAAGCUCCAGAUCUCUUCUGAUCGCAGCAUGCGAGAAUGGGGAAUGAUUGAGGGAUCCCCCGAGUCGGGUAGCAAUGCUGAGGGCUCAUCGUCUUCCUUUACAAACGAGGACCUCAAGUCAAUGACAUUUUCGGAGCUACUAGCGUUUCACCUGGGCCACUUCGCGCAACAUCAAGUGCGGCUGGGUAUUAUGCCGACAGACAGCAUGUUCCAGGAUGAAGCCCGGCGGAUGCAGUAUGGCACCACAGACCCCUGGGAAUGCACCAUGGCCGACAACCAAGACUGGCUCAAGACGUUUCGAAGCCAUCACGUAGAGGGGUUGCUGGAGACUGAGCACUUUAUGAGAGGCUGUAGGAAGAGGAAGGGAGACGACGAACAUUUAUAA